AUGUACUACCUACGCCGCAUCACCAUCUUUCUCGCUGUGGUGGGCUCCAUUUCCUUCCUGGCAUGGUUCCUGCCACGGUACCUGAACCCCAAUCCGCCCGACCCGGCCAAGCAGCGCGAGGACAAGAGAUGGAUCAGCAGCAGUCCCUACUGGCUUGAUCGCCAGGCCUGUCGCUGGCUGAGUCUCUGCGGCAUUCACCAUCUGUCAUGGGAUCCUGCGGCUCUGCUGCCCUUCAAGAACGACACCGACGGCGACGAGUUGCGCCUUGAGCUCAGAUCCCUGUACAACGACGAGGGACGGCACAAUGGCUGGGAAUCGGUCUCCAGGAAGAAGGCGCCGCAGGACAAGACCGAAGCGAAGACGCUGAAGGAGAUCCCCGACUAUGUCCUCAAGUAUGCGCCGCUGGUUCACCUUUACUCGGGCGAGAACUUUUGGCCCGCCGAUAUUGCAGAGCACAUCAAGCACAUGACGCCGUACCUUGAGAGGCAAGCUUUGAACCAGUCGCUGCUUCUUUCAGACUUGCAUCAGCUUAACAAGGAGGACGGAAUGGUGUACUUGACAAGUGACGACGACGUCGAGCAGAGACCUGAGUGGUUACACAGCCACGUCGGCAUACCUGAGCCCUGGAACGACGAAGAGGACGGCGGUGAGGACGACGGCCAUGAGGAUCUUCCGACAGAAGACCCCGACCGGUCCGACCGUGUGCCAUCAUCUCCUCUCGAAGACACGACGUGGUUCGAUGUCUCUCGCGACCACCCAGUCUACCGCAUCUCAGACCCUCGACGGUUCCCACAUUUUGUUCCUUCCGCUCGCACCGGCAGCUUCCAAAACCGGCGCCGAGACCAAAAGCCGCUGCCCCCGCCCGACACGCCUACCCACAAGCCCGAUCAGGAAGGCUACUCCAAGGCCCCCGCCGUGCUCGUCCUCGUCGACAAGGGUUCCGGCAUCGUCGACGCUUUCUGGUUCUUCUUUUACUCGUACAACCUCGGCCAGACCGUCUUGACUAUCCGCUUUGGUAAUCACGUUGGCGACUGGGAGCACUGCAUGAUGCGCUUCGAGAACGGCGUGCCCCGUGGCAUCUUCUUCUCUGAACAUGAAGGCGGCCAGGCUUACACGUACCACGCAGUCGAGAAGCGCGGCGACCGCCCAGUCAUUUACUCAGCUGUUGGAUCUCACGCCAUGUACGCGCAGGCAGGCGACCAUCCCUACGUCUUGCCGUUCAAGAUGCUCAAGGACGUGACCGACAAGGGCCCUCUCUGGGAUCCCGCCAAGAACGCCUACACGUAUUGGUAUGACUACGCUCAGGAUCUGGAUGAGGACCUUGACGACGAUCUUGACGAUGAGGUUGAUGUGGCGAGCGGUCACCGCAAGGAGAACCCCACCAGUCUUGUGCCGACGGCAGAGAACCCCGACGCGCCAACAUCCUGGUUCCAUUACGCCGGGCCGUGGGGUGACAAGCUCUACAGUCUCGCCGACAUGCGCCAAUGGCGUCUCUUUGCUCAAUAUCACUACGUCUCCGGUCCUCUGGGGCCCAAGUUCAAGCGCCUCGAUCGCGAGAAGCUCUGUAUCACCACCCGCUGCCGCAUCCUCGACAACCUGAAGCCAGGACAGACCUGGUACAGCUAG